CACAAGCAGAAUCUGAUUCCGGUGAUGCUCGAAUUCGGCGCUAAUUCCAUGCGCUGAUGUUGACGAGACGAUCGAACAUGGCGGCGAGCAGUGAAGGUGUUGUGUUCAGAAAUGACAAGAGUGAAGAGUCAGAUAUCUGGGAUGAUGAGGCUUUGAUUAAAGCAUAUGAUAAAGCUGUUAAAGCAGUCAAGGAUGAAAUAAUUAAUGACAGUUCAAAAGACAUACAGUCUAAUCCUGAUACAGGUUGUGAAAAGCGAAUUCGUAAAAAGAAAUCAAACAGAGAUAAAAAGUUAAGGAAAAAGAAAAUAAAGUCUAAGUGGCAUGUAGGUGAUCGGUGUAGAGCUGUCUAUUCAGAAGAUGGAAUUAUAUAUGACGCUGUUAUUAAAUCAAUAGAUAGAGACAACAAUAGAUGUUGGAUACUUUAUACAGGUUAUGGUAAUGAAGAAGAGAUUGAUAUCAAUGAUCUACUGCAUCCUGAGUAUGAAGUGGACUCAAGACAUGACAACCUACAAGAAAAUGGUUAUGAUAGUCAUCAGUCCAUGGAUUGCAAUGAGUUUGGGCAGAGUCCAGCACACCCUACAUCAACAUGGCACAAUUAUCCUGGAAAUUCAAGAUUUUCACAUCCACCUCCCCCUCCUCCAAGGAUACCCCCACAUUUCAACCCAAUGAAUCCUGUUAAUAAUCCAUAUUACAACUUUUUUCCUACUGGAUAUCAAACAAUGCAUCCCUGGUUUGGAGCAGCUAUGCAUCCUGGUAGUACACCCCCGAGGAUCCCGCCUAUCCCACCACCUCCACCUAUAACACAGGAUGCCACAGCUGGUGAUGAAGAUGCUUUAUUCUCUAUGUUAAUAUCAUGGUACAUGAGUGGAUAUCAUACAGGCUACUAUCAGGGUCUCAAAGCAUCUAGAGGGGAAUCACUACAAAAUACUCCUCAACGGAAUGAAUCUCCAGUGCCAACAACUUCUAGACAAGAACACCAACAAGGUGAACAUUCAUUCACUAGUCCAGCAGCAAGAUAACAAUAAAUAUUGGUUAUAUGUAUUUUGAAUAAUUCAGAAUACCCAGAAUCAUGUGAUCUAUCAUUUUACUUCCCCUAAAUCAAGGUAUUUUAUUAUUGUCAUGAAAUAAAGAAAUAAAAAACAAGUCAGUUUUUUUUACUUGCUUCUUUAGGCCUGCUAUGUAUAAGGUCAUUUGAAACUUAACUCAGGCUACAGAUCUUCGCAUGUCAGUUGUCUGCAUAAUGUUUCUGUACUUAACAAUAUGAUGCUUACCCAGAAAACAUGAAAUACCUGAAUUGUAUUUGUUUACCAAGAGUUUGUCACAAUUAUAUUGCAUUAGUGAACACAUAAUUUCUUGAAAAUCACUUUUAUAGGACAGGAGUAAUUUUCAUUGCUAACAAAUUGUAAUUUCCAAGUGAAAUUAAAGUGAUAUAUAAAA